ACGGAAACCAUUUUUAAUCCAAUAGUUUAAAAGUGAAACGGCGAUCGCAUCGUAUGAUAAACCGAUAAUUAAAACUGAGGGCUCUCGCUUUAAUUAUUUCAGGCCAGUUGGAAUGCAAUUUCGAUGUUAUGUUUUGACACGCGUUGCUGGUGGAUUGAGGAAUUGCCAACGUGUGAUACUGGAGCGGAAAUUAAAGUCACAGCAGUUGGGCUACUGUUAUGUAUAAUAUAAUCCUUUUCAUUACAUACGCCUAACGCCUCUACACCUUGUAGGCUUUGUGUGAAUGUGGCUUGUUGAAAAAACAUUAAGUCGGUUUAUAUGAAUCUCUCAAGACAACACAUGUCGGCCUCUUUUGGAGGAUUUGUGUAUGUUUUUCACGUCGAUAACGACCUGUUUUUCGGAGAAGUCGGUAUUGUGACGAAACAGGACAGGUUGAUGAAUUAAUCCACUCAUAAUGUUUGAAUAGAUUUGGACUGUUUUGUGGACAAGAUUCAACGAAAAAAUACGGCAAUAUGUCACACGGCUGGAAAUCUUAUCAACUUCUAUUUUUCUUUGUAUUAAGUUCAACAUUCAUAUCGCAAGUCGAGGCAGGUGCAUUCUCGCGAGUUUCAAUUGCAGUUUUGUUCAACAGCGCUAAACGCCAUCCACAAGGCACCAAGGCAUCCCCAUUAGCCAUCAGAAAAGCGUUUGAGAGAAUCCCAUCGGAUUUACCAGGUUUUGAUAAUAAAGUGGAAUUCAUCUACAAAGAUUUCAACUCAACUAUUUGUGAUAUUGGAACAUUUCUGUCUUUUAUGAACGUCUCUAUACCAUACGAUAUUGUGAUCUUAUUGCUUCAUGACUGUUUGUGCGAGAGAACCUUGUUGACGUAUCUCAAUGUUCAUAAUAUCAAUUUCAUUUCCAGUUGCGAACAGCCAUAUUUUGCUGUAAAAGGCAGUGCUGCAGUGAUGCAUCAGCUUGAUAAAGCAGCGAGAAUUUAUCUCUUCGUUCCUGCUGAUAAACAUGGGGUAGAAUUUCAUCGAGACAUAAUUCUUGAACUGAAGCACAUGAAACUAAAACUUCACCGUACGCUCUGGCUUGGAGCCGAAUUCGAACUUGAAAAUCAUCUUAAAAGAACCUUAAAAACUAUUGCAGAUGAUUUGGAUAAAAACACAACGUCAGGCGUUACAUUCCUUUUGGGUUUUCUGUAUCCAAAUGAUUUUCGUGUUAAAAGAGUGUUUAACAUGGUGCGAAUGGUUUUAGGAGAACGGUUUGGUAAAAUUUUAUGGAUUUUUCCCGCCGUCCAUUCGGAUAUCAGCAAUGAAUUCCUGUUUAGAAAGGAUUUUCAGGCGCUUGCAUUUCAAGAAGACAAACCAGAAACAGUGUCUUCAGAUCAAAAUGUUGUCUUGUGGUUGCUUUUCAAAAAGACAUCUCAAGUCCUAAGGAAUUGUUAUGGGGACGUUGCGUCAAAUGAGACAUCGAUAGUAAAGCGCAACCGUAGAAACGUCUGUUUUCAGGAAAUCACGAGAAGAAACUUAUCCCAGGCGUUCACACACAGCUGUUUUCUGGAUGUUAUGCAAUUGCAAGCGAGCAGCAGCAGUUUUGGUCAGCGAAUCCAUGGGAGACGCAUUGCGACGUGGAACGGUGUCAUCAUCCAGGCUUGCCCAUAUCAGGAAGGAUCAACUAACUUCACAAGGAUUCUCAGACCAAAUCAGUUUCGUGUGUUCCGCGUUCCAAUAGUUGAAUACUUCCCGUACAUUGUGAAACAUAAAUGGCCUGACAUUGACGCAAAAUGUCCAGUCAAUUCCCUGCCUUGUUACGGUCAACUAACAAAAUAUGAUAAUUCCACGGUCAUAAACUAUGAUGAACUGAAAUACUGUUGCUCAGGAUGGACAGUUGAUAUUCUAAUUUAUCUCGCUAGCAAGUUACCUUAUGAAUUUGAGCUAUAUUUUCAAGCGGAAAAACUCUAUGGAGUGUUCGAUAACAAGACUGGCUUGUGGAAUGGCGUGAUUAAAGACAUUUUGAGCGGGAAAGGCGACAUAUCUGUCGAGCUUGGACUACGACCUGACCGUUGCAAGAUACUGGACUGCUCAUUGGGUUAUCUUUACGACGGAUUCAAUGCUAUUGUAAAGUUAGAGUUCCCGAAACACAACGAUCCGAAGAAAGCAGUUACCUUUUAUGAGUUGGUUGGAAACUUUCAAGUAUUUAUCAAUCCUAUUCACGUGGAUCUUCUCGUGACUAUUGUAAUGGCGUUUAAUCUUUUCUUGUUCCUCAUAUGGGGGGCAGAUAAGAUAUGCCUGUCCUACAGAAACAUGAGACGAGGGCGAAAAAAGGAGAAAUUUACAUUACUUGAAUCAACGAGUUAUGUUUGGGCGACUGCGUUUGGACGAGACGUCGGAGACAGCAAGAAACCGCUGACGUUGAGUGCUCGUUAUUUAUCAAGUUGGCUAGCCUUUCUCGCCUUAAUAUUUGUCAAUGUCUACGUCGCGCGUUUGAUGGCUGAAAUUGUCAAACAAGAAUCAACCAAGCCAUUUACGAGUCUUAAAGAUCCCGAGAUAUUGGAUAAUAAUCUAAGACUGGGCACGCUAAAGAGCAGCUCGUUGGAGGGAUAUUUUCGGAACACCGUUGAUCCUGUUCUCAAGAAAUCUUUUCAGGAUAACAUUCAGAAAAACUUGCUGCCAUCGCUGGAAGAUGGAGUGAAGGCAGUGAAAAAAGGAGUCCUUGAUGGUUUCAUAGCUGACACUAUUUCUCUUCUAUCAAUAUUGAAGCAUGACCCAAAUUGUUCCCUAUCCUUGAUGGGCAGGGAUUUUUCCACCAACCCCGUUGGCUUUAUGUUUCGCAAAGGUUGGCCAUGGGCGACGGAGUUUAAACUGCAAGAACUUACAAUGAACGAAGACAAAAGGAACGGUGAUAUGUGGAGAUUGAAGCAAAGUCCUCCGUCCUGCAAGGCAACCUUCCAAGAACACCCGCGGUUGGGCACUGGCGACAUGAGCGGAUUGUUCUUAGUUCUUAUAUUCGCGACAGCUUACUGCUGUUUCAGCUUAUUUAUGGAGAAUAUAUAUUCCUUAAUAGUUUAUCGUUUUCAGAACAUGAAUGACAAGUGGAAUGUUCCGCAGAACAGUCGCAGUGCCUAUAACACUGCAGCUAGCCUUAGAGCUAGUACAAAUGUACAAUUAGCAAAAUGAAUUGAGGGUAAUACAGCUUUA